UCAACCUAGCGGACCCUCUCUCCGGCUCCAUUCUCGUUCUCCACACCAGCAGCUCCAAGAAAGGUCCUGGUCUCUGAUCCAAGGUUCUGGCGGGCCCGCUCGAGUGGUGCCUCCUGGGGAGCCCGCUGCAGCUUCUCGGACACCCCUAGGUCAAGGGCAGUUCCCCUUCCUCCCCGGAAAAACUCCUCCUGAGCCCCUGCUCCAAGAAAGGCCCAGUAAAAUAGAUCAACAUGACAGACAUGGAUACCAGCACUGCUGCUCCUGAGGCUGGAGCUGAGGACGUUUCCCUUUUCAGCAUAACAGACAUGUUUCUCUUUUCCCUCAUUGUGGGACUCAUGACUUACUGGUUCUUCUUCAGAAAGAAAAAGGAAGAAAUCCCUGAGUUCACCAAAAUUCCGGUGACGCCCUCUUCUGUGAAAGACAGCAGCUUUGUGGAAAAGAUGAAGAAAACGGGCAGGAACAUUGUUGUGUUUUAUGGCUCCCAGACGGGCACAGCUGAAGAAUUUGCUAACCGUCUCUCCAAAGAUGCCCACCGCUAUGGCAUGCGAGGGAUGGCUGCUGAUCCCGAGGAGUAUGACUUGGCCGAUUUGAGCAGCCUUCCAGAAAUAGACAACUCCCUGGCGGUGUUCUGCAUGGCCACCUAUGGGGAGGGAGACCCCACAGACAAUGCCCAGGACUUCUAUGACUGGCUUCAAGAGACAGAUGUCGAUCUCUCUGGUGUCAAAUUUGCGGUGUUUGGUCUUGGGAACAAGACCUAUGAACACUUCAAUGCGAUGGGGAAAUAUGUGGACAACCGGCUGGAGCAGCUGGGUGCUCAGCGAAUAUUCGAACUAGGCCUGGGUGAUGACGAUGGAAACUUGGAGGAAGAUUUUAUCACCUGGAGAGAGCAGUUCUGGCCCGCUGUUUGUGAACACUUUGGAGUGGAAGCUACUGGUGAGGAAUCCAGCAUUCGUCAGUAUGAGCUGGUGGUGCACACGGACGAGAACAUGAAUAAAGUGUACACCGGGGAGAUGGGCCGGCUAAAGAGCUACGAGAACCAGAAGCCGCCUUUUGAUGCCAAGAAUCCAUUCCUAGCCAAUGUGACCACAAACCGAAAGUUGAACCAGGGAGGAGAGCGCCACCUCAUGCACCUGGAGUUGGAUAUCUCAAACUCCAAAAUCAGGUACGAGUCUGGGGACCAUGUUGCUGUGUACCCAGCCAAUGACGCCUCCCUCGUUAAUCAGCUUGGGGAGAUCCUGGGCGCUGACCUGGACGUGGUCAUGUCUCUGAACAACCUGGAUGGUGAGUCCGGCCUCCUGGCAGCCCGUCUGGCUGGCGCCAGUUUCUCUGGCCUCCUCUUUUGGCUGGAGUGGGGCCAUCCGCCUUUCUGUCAAAUGUUCUCCUCACGCGGCCCCUCUCUCGCUGCCCCCCAGGAGCUCUACCUGAGCUGGGUCGUGGAGGCCCGCCGGAACAUCCUGGCCAUCCUGCAGGACUACCCCUCGCUGCGGCCCCCCAUCGACCACCUGUGCGAGCUGCUGCCCCGCCUGCAGGCCCGCUACUACUCCAUCGCCUCCUCCUCCAAGGUGCACCCCAACUCCAUCCACAUCUGCGCCGUGGUCGUGGAGUACGAGACCAAGGCCGGCCGGGUCAACAAGGGCGUGGCCACCAGCUGGCUGAAGGCCAAGCAGCCGGCCCAGGAGAACGGCCACAAGGCCGCCGUGCCCAUGUUUGUGCGCAAGUCCCAGUUCCGGCUGCCCUUCAAGCCCGCCACCCCCGUCAUCAUGGUGGGCCCCGGCACCGGCAUCGCCCCCUUCGUCGGCUUCAUCCAGGAGCGGGCGUGGCUCAAAGGCCAGGGUAAGGAGGUGGGCGAGACGGUGCUGUACUACGGCUGCCGCCGCGCCGACGAGGACUACUUGUACCGCGAGGAGCUCGCGCAGUUCCACAAGGACGGCGCCCUCUCGCAGCUCCACGUGGCCUUCUCCCGGGAGCAGGAGCACAAGGUCUACGUGCAGCAUCUGAUGAAACAGAACAAGGAGCACCUUUGGCGGCUGAUCCACGAGGGCAGCGCCCACAUCUACGUGUGCGGGGAUGCCCGGAACAUGGCUCGGGACGUGCAGAACGUGUUCUGCGAGAUCGUGGCCGAGUUCGGGGACAUGAGCCAGGCCCAGGCCGUGGACUUCAUCAAGAAACUGAUGGCCAAAGGCCGCUACUCCCUGGACGUGUGGAGCUAGGAGCCGCGCUCCGGGGGCCCACGCGCCGGGCAGGAGCCCCCGCGGCCGGCCGGCCCCGCCAUCAGCCCUUUCCUCACUGCCUUCUCGCUCUCACUAGGUUGUUUCCACUCGGCCUGGCCGGGGAGGGGGCGACGUUCUGUGGUUAGCCGGCCCCGGCCGACGGCCCCUUUUUAGGAGGCCUCAGAGCGGCCGUGGGGGCGGCCCGGCUGCUGCUGCUGCCCUCCUGAGGUCAGAAGUUCGGGGUGUGGUGGGGGGCCGCCAGCCUGCCCCCCGCCUCCGCCUUCUUUGUCCAGAAGAGGAGGGAGGGGACGGGUUCUUCCGUCCCGUGACGGGAGUCUAGGCUGCCUCCGGCCAGGGCGCUCCUGUGCCAAAGUGCCCUCUGGCGGGCGGCUGGGCAGACCCUUCAGAGGCCUUGAAGGUUGCUGCUCGUCGGGGAGGGUAGGAGAGGCGUGGCGACCUCGAACCCAGGGCCUGUCCCUCCUGCGGCCGAUCCUGGCGUGGCGCCGGUGUGGGGCCGCCCUUCCCUCGCUCCCCCUCCCCUUGGCAUCAGCCUCGGCCAGGAAGCGGGCUGCUACCACAGAAUGUCCGAUGAGUGUAAAUAAUUUUAAAGCUCUUUCGUCCCUCGGAAUAAAACGGUUUUUCUGUA